CUUUGUCGGCUUUCUCCUUCAGACGCCAGAAAUGGCAGACGAAGAUGACUUUGAGAAAGAUGGUGAGAUCAACGGGCAGAAAGCGGAUAAAAUGUUUGUUCUCAAGAAGUGGAACGCUGUGGCGAUGUGGAGCUGGGACGUUGAAUGCGACACGUGCGCCAUUUGCCGUGUUCAAGUGAUGGAUGCUUGCUUGAGGUGUCAAGCCGAGAACAAGCAAGACGACUGCGUUGUGGUGUGGGGAGAGUGCAACCACUCGUUCCACAACUGUUGCAUGUCGCUGUGGGUGAAGCAGAACAACCGCUGCCCACUUUGCCAGCAGGACUGGAUAGUGCAGCGCAUUGGCAAGUGACGCCCCCAAUCCAGCCACCGCCCAGGGCAUUUCGAACCCCGUCACCACGGAAGUGCCACGGGACUGAUUACACGAGCCUCGGCCAUGUUCUGGAGACGUCCUUUCAUCCGUGCGACCAUCUAGCGCAGAGAUUUGGAGGUCCCAAUGUCGCCGUGAAGUUUAAAGAUUGUGCCAUCAAUGCA